AUGGAACUCUCAUCUGGCUGUGGUGUGUGCGGCAAGAAAGAUGGAGUUCUCUGCUGCUCUGGCUGCAAAGUGAUGAUGUACUGUGGUGUCGAACACCAGAUCGCUCAACGCCAAGAGCACAAGUCUGCUUGCAGCGCCAUUAGAAGAUGUCGUGUUGAUAUGGAGAAGGAAGAAAAGGCCUUACGGGAUCAUCCAGGAAAUCCAUUUACCUACGGCGUCGGAAAUUUCUGGACAAUCCUCUCGACACGCCCUUACAUGCGAUCCCGCGCUGCCCUGUGUAAUACCAUGAGCUUUGUUAAUAAUGUCCAAUCGCUUCAAGAACAGCUCAAUGUCUUGAUGGAAACCCUGCGACUCUGCCGAGGCGAUAACAUGGGCGCGCGAGACGUCAUCCCCGGCCUGAUGAUUCGUCUCCAGCAGGACCAGGAGUGCUACGAUUUUCUGAAGUGGUGGGCUACAACCGGUCAGAAUAACGACUAUGAUUGGGGUAAUACCACUCUGCCAUACCUUGACAUCAAGAACGCCAACCCGCUCGAGCCAGUCGAUAUGUUCUGUGGAAAGUUGAUUGAUCUUACCCAUAUCGUUUCUGUGACUCUAGUCAAAGUCAAAGUGCUUCAAGUGAUCCUCACAAGCAUGGGACCUCCUGGAAGUGUUGCCCACAUGCUGGGACUCGGCCUCCAACCUUCGAGUAUCGCUAAAAACCCCAAUAUCACCAAUUGUGACGACGGACAACUCGAAGGUGAGCAACUAAAAGCCCAGAUUCGCGCUUUGUACGAGGACGUCCAGGAAUUGAAUCCCCACUUUUGGCCGGCCCUUCUGAACCCAGGUGAACAUUUGGAGGUCCAAACCCCGAUAUUUUCAAUUGGGAGCGUGGAACAGAUGCGGGUGGUCUUGAACUUGACUUAUGAAGCAUGGUACGAGGCCCCUGGAGCUAUUGCUUUUAUUGAGAUGGCCGUUGCGGGUGAACUUUGA